AUGCUCAUUCUCCGUCUCGCCGCUCUCGCAAGCCUCGCGGCGGCAGUGCCACUUCCAAACCCCAAGCCUGACCCCCUUCCCGAACCUGCACCUUUGAAGGUUUCACACACUUGGGCCAUGGAUGAAUCCGCGCCCGAUAGCACCGACGGUGAGGCGGCCCCCGCCGGCCCCGAGAACGCCGGAUGGAUGUUCGACUGGAACAAGCUGUUGGACUGGUUCCGCUCCCACUCGUCUGAGGUGGACGCUGGUCAGAGCUAA